AUGCAGGAAGGUAAAUGGCGGAAGGAACAUGCUCCACCACAAGUCAAUCCCGAUGAGGAUGUCAGAGACGGAUGGGUCAGCAGGAUUACGGAAGAUGAGCCGAACCACAUCCGAAACUGUCUCAUAGCCGCGGUUACCGAAGCCAAUAAUUUGGAGAUCUUGGACGGCCAGCGUGGCGAGCCCAAGCCGCUUAUGCAAUUUGCGGGAGCAAAAGGAGGCUUCAGCACCGGGAUCGAGCAAAAAGGGAGAGGUGCCGUGGACGGUCCACCGCCCAAGCCUUGCCUCGGGAAUCCUUGGAGCGAAGGCGGCGGGCCGCCAACCCGACGCCGUGUUGAAAAAAGGCGACAUUCUGGCGGAAGGAAACGCUACGGGACUCGCGCCGAGGAGACUCCCUACGAUAGGGUUGGGAAUAAGAGUCCCGGCGCGGAGAACUGCUACUGGGGCGCUGAGACUGGGUCGUGCGCUGAGGAGAGCGACUACUAUGCCAAUCCGACGACGUCGAUGACGUCGGAGGGCGGCGAUCCUGGGACCGAG